AUGCUAGAGGCCGAUCUUCCCCACUACCCCUUUUGUCUUCCGUCAUAUGUCGCCGCUUUUGAUGAUGGGCAACUUGCGCAGCAAGAGUUGAAGACGGAAACGAGGUCCUGGCGCUCGGAAGGCUACGCGGCGGAGUCGAAUGUCCUCGUCCUGGACCACCAUCAUGGAGUUGGAACCAAGAGAUAUUGUUCAGAUGCGGAUAUCCACCAAAUCCUGGAUGAGCCUCCGCCUCAGGUUCGAUUCAUCCUCCUGUUGCCUACAGUGCACGAAAAGAUUGCAGCCGAGGUGGCAAAGAAUCCGGAUGCCGCUGAAGUUCUGCGCAAGAACGAGCUCUACGAUGAGAAUACGGUAGACCCAGCCGAUCCCGAGAAACCCUCGACGUUCACUAGCGAUCAGUUCAACAUCUCACGGAAAGCACUUUUCGAAAUCUUGACAAAAUACGAUAUUGCGCCGGCUGCCUGUUCGCACAUUAGGGGUCAAGAGCAGAUUUUCGGGUCCAGAGUGAGGAAGAACGAACAGAAGGAUAUCAUAUCCUUUGAGUUUUGGUACGCUAUACGGGCACGAGCGUACUAUCGCAAAGUCGACAAGGAUGCGGACUUGAAGGUGACUAUAGUCACCAGGUACGAUGUCGAGAGCGAUACUACAGUCGUACUGCUGAAGUAUCGAUCAUGGAAUGACCUGCCCUCCAAGUUAAAGCGAGAGCUGAUCGCAAAGGUCGAAGAGUUAGUUAUGCAACCGAGCACAGAAUCUAUCGCGAGCAACCCUUUCGCAAUCACUCUGCUGCACUUCAACUCGACAGCCCAAUGGUAUCGCCGAGCAGCGCGUGACCCGCGAGACAGCGUUAGAGAUGAAGAAGAGAAGGCCCACAUUCAGGCGAAAGGGACCCGGAACGAGGUCAAUGCAAUUGACGUGCGAACGCUCCAUCUCACGAUGCGAAACCUCGACCAAGACAAGGUGCAGCUAACAUUUAUCCUGGGCGUGAUAGAUCGGCUACGCAAGCAGCAUGACCUGUUCUACAGGCUAGUGAAGAAAGUACCAGCGCCCGAAGAUCGAGACUGGCUGUCUCUACGCGUCGACGAGGAGUAUGAUCGCCUGGAAAACCAAAUCACCUACUUUCGUUCUUCGAUUGAAGAUGUUUCGAACAGAGCACAACGUCUCCUUGACCUACUAUUCAACCUUUCUGGGCAGCAUAAUGCUCGUUGGAGCGAAAGAGUUGGAAUGCAAGCUAUGCACGAAAGCGCAUCAAUGAAAGCUAUCGCCGUUGUUUCCAUGCUCUUCCUCCCGGGGACGUUCGUCUCCGUGAGUAUCUCUCCACACCUCCCGGUGGGUGUGCGCGAAUUUCGCUAA